UCUUUUCCUUUCUAUCCUUAAUUUGCGGCUAUCGUCUUUGAGAAAACAUGAAGCGGCUCCCACACGUUUAGGGCUAUGCCCACUUGUAUGUAUGUUUAGUGUUUUGACGUUUUUAGUUUUCUUUCUUUCUUUCUUCUUGUUUCGUCUGUAACAGUUUGUGUGAGUUUAUCUCUCUAAUGGGGGCGGAGGAGAUAACCUCCGAUUUGAAAAUCUCGGAGUUGAAGCAGGGCGUUCUCUGCAAAGCGCACGAAGAAUUCCAUUCCCAGGCUUCUUCGAUGCUCGUCUUCAGUCUUCAAUGGAGGGACUUGGAGAACCACUUCGAGUCCAUUCGCAAGUCGCUGCGAACCCAACUCCAAGGCCUCAUUGAACGCGAGGAGCACGUCGCGAGUAGAGAGAGGCAAUUGGAGGCUCGAGAGGCGGAAUUAAGCUCGAAUCUCGAUUCGAAAGCGAAGGAAUUGGAGGGUAUCGAGAAGUUGAUCGGAGAACAGGCGAAAGCUCUCGAAUUGAGUUUGCAACAUCUUGAUUCUCUGAAAUCGCUGAUUCAGGAAAACCGGGAAGAGCUUGAGGUUAAAGAGAGGCAAUAUGUUGCGAUUCAGAAAUUGAUCAAAGAGGGAGAGGAGGAAUUGGAGUCCUUGGAGAAGAGGAUAAAGCAGCAAUCUAAGGAAGCAGAGUCCAAAGAGAAGGAACUUGAUUCGAUGCAGAGGAGUUUGAGGAGUUACAAAGACGAUAUCGAGUUGAAAGAUAGGGAAUAUAAUGCGAUUCGGAGGUCGGUUGAGGAACGUAAGAAGGGAUUCGAGUUGAAAGGGGAGCAACUCAGAAUGUGUAGGAGCUCCAUUGAUGAAUGUGAGAAAGAGAUUAAGUUGAAAGAGGAAAAUCUUAAUUCUUUACGGAAUUCCAUAGCCGAAUGCUCGAAUGAACUCAAGUUGAAACAAAAGCAACUUCAUUUAGUUGAGAAACAUCUUGAGUUAAAAGAGAGGAAAUUUGUUUCACUGAAACAAUCAGUUGACCAAUGCGCUCAACAGUUUGAGAUGAAAGAGAUGAAAAUUGAAGGUUGCUUAAAGGAGCUCGAAUUGAAGGAAAAGUUAUGUGAAUCAAAAUCGAGGGAACUCGAUUUGAUGUAUAAGAAGGUUGAGGAAUGCCUUAAAGAAUGUGAAGUGAAAGAGAAGAAUUUUAGUUCACUCCAAAAAUUGGUACAGAAACGUUCACGUGAACUUGAAGCCAAAGAGAGUCGAUUUAAGAAAACUGUCGUUGAGUUUAAAAUGAGACGGAAAGAGUUAGAGUCGUCUGAAAAAUCAAAUGAGGUGAGAGUGAAAGAAAAGACUAAUAUCCUCCCUUUUCAAGUAAAGGUUGAGCAACCUGAAUAUACUCAUGCCAACAAU